UUCGAAUCACCGCACCCAAUCACCAUCCAUGUCGACACUCGAUUGGCCGACCGUCUUUGCCUCGGCAGUGGCAGCCGUUAUAGCUAGAGGGUUGACACACCCCCUAGAUGUAUGCUUGCGCAUCUGAGACUGUUGUGAACUGUGUGGCUUUCUGACUUGAUUUCAUUUUUACGCCAGACCUUGAAGGUGUGUGCCCCGUAGGGAGCUUGCGAUACUGGAAGCAACGUAUCAACAUUGCCUUCUGGCAGGUCCGCCUUCAGACGGCUGCCAAGGGAAAUUCGGGCGUGUAUGGAUUGUCUCUACUGAAAGCCUUUUUGCAUAUUAUCAGAAAAGAAGGCAUUUUAGCACUUUAUCGCGGGAUUUUAACCGCACUAGUCUUCUCUGUACCCGCUACAAUCGUCUAUCUGUGCACAUAUGAGGCCGCACGCUCAUCCUUUGUGUUUCUGGGCGACCCGGACACCAGCAGUAUACUCCACCUUGUUGCGGGAGCUUUGGCUGAACUCUUGAGCAAUAUAUUUUGGUGUCCGAUGGAAGUCGUCAAGAGCAGACAACAAGCUGCGGGCCGCCAUGUAGGGGGGAAUUAUGCCCGAGUGGAUCUGCACGCGAGUGACAAGGAGCUGGGAGUAGCAGAUGAGGGGGACGACGUGCUAAUGAGUGAAUUGGACGGUAUCGAAAAGCAGAAUGAGGAGUUUGCAGGCCACGUGCAUGGGUCGACGUUUGCGUUUCUGAGGAGCAUAUACGAUCGCCAAGGAUUUGCCGGCUUUUUUGUCGGAUUCUGGCUAGGCAUCCUCGUCUAUGUACCCUACUCCAUCAUCUACUUUGUUCUCUACGAAGAAUUUAAAAAUCUCGCAGGCGGAGAUCAAGGUCAGGCGUCACUUUCGGCAGGGGCCUAUAUAGUCUGUUCUGCGGUUGCGGGUGCCGUUGGCGCAUCAGCAACGAAUUGUUUGGAUGUACCCAAAACCGCAUAUCAAGUCGCCCGAGACUCGGACGCGCAUGCAACGGUUGGAUUCAUAGAGUUUACGAUCGGGCUGUGGAAACGAGAGGGUGUGUGGGGCUUUACAAGGGGAAUAGGGGCGCGUGUUGCGUGGAUGGUUCCCACCAUUGUACUCCAAUUCACGCUAUUUGAGAGUGUGCGAAAGUCCUUGCGAGGGACGUAGAUGCUAAAAGUAGAUGAUAUCGGUAAACGAAUCCAUAUAUUCACGUGAUAUAGCUUAUGCAAUG